AGUCGCUUAAAAACUGAACACAAAUAUGGCGUUUACGUUUCUUCUUCUUCUUCCUCUUCUUCUCGUGUGUCAACCGUGUUCUCAGCCAUCUUUUCGCUCCCCUUGUCUUCUCAUUCUUCACUAACAAACUCAAUAGUUCUCAUUCUUCUCUCUCUCCCUCUCUCUCUCUCUCUCUCCCUCUCUCUCUCUCUAGCUGCAUUCACAACACCUUCACUCUUUCUCUUGCUUCUGCUUUCAUUUUCAGGAUAAUUCGGCCGGGGGAUAGCCAUGCUUGGUCCUGAAACAGAACUUAAGAUAAGUUUUGGCUACCAAUGCAAUGGCAUUGCAGAUAUCUCGUGCAAGUCUAUCAACGGCUACAAAAUCCUUCCUUAUUUCCCUAGAACAAGCAGUUUCUCUUGCUUGUCUGGUGCUGCCGUUAGCGCAAAUGCUACACUUGCCAACACAAACAUCUGCAAUGGUGUGAUAGGGGAAGAAAUCCUUCCUAGUUUGGACUCUCCUAAAUCGUUUCGUAAGAUACCCUCUUCGCCAAGUCUUUCGAAGUUGGACAUACUAUCAUCUUCUCUCCAUGGUAGUUUCUCAAACCUCAGUUGCAGUCCAUCCACACAAAGUGAUAUGUUUGAUUAUGACACUUGUAUGGUGAGUGCUCCUUGCAAAAGUGAAGGAUUUCUCAAUGCUAUGGAAGUACAAGUAGCAGGGGGAGCUGCUGGUGAAGAUAGAGUUCAAGCAGUUUGUUCUGAAGAAAAUGGCUGGCUCUUUUGUGGAAUUUAUGAUGGCUUUAAUGGCAGGGAUGCAGCUGACUUUCUGGCCUGUACCCUUUACGACACUAUCAUAUCUUAUUUUAAUAUGCUGUAUUUGGAUUUGGAAUCAGAUUCUAUCAAAGCUUCCAACAGUCUUGAUUUGGGUGGAUCAUCUCAAUAUGAGUUGGAUGAGCAUCAAUCUCGUUCUCAGAAAUCAUUUUCACAUGCUAUCCUUGAUAGCCUCCAACGUGCUCUCAAUCAGGUUGAGAAUGAUUUCUUGUACAUGGUUGAGCAGGAAAUGGAGGACCGUCCGGAUUUAGUUUCUGUCGGAUCUUGUGUUUUACUUGCACUUCUUCAUGGGGAAAAUUUGUAUACACUUAAUCUUGGUGACAGCAGAGCAGUAUUGGCAACGUGCAGUAUGGAUGGCGGAAUGAGUGGCAAAGAGAGAAGAAUGAAAGCUAUCCAGCUUACUGAUAUUCAUACUGUUGACAAUGGAGCCGAAAGAGCUCAACUUCUUGCUGGUCACCCAGAUGAUCCCAAGGCCAUUGUAGCUGGGAAAGUGAAAGGAAAAUUGAAGGUUACUCGCGCUUUUGGAGUUGGCUACUUGAAAAAGAAAAUUCUGAACGAUGCAUUGAUGGGAAUUCUUCGAGUGCGUGAUCUCAUAAGCCCACCAUACAUUUCCAUUCAACCAUCACUAAAUGUGCAUAGAAUCUCAAGUUCCGAUCAAUUUGCUAUAGUUGCGAGUGAUGGUUUGUUCGAUUUCUUCAGCAAUGAUGAAGCAGUAGAGCUUGCAGAGUCUUACAUCCUAAGCAAUCCAUUUGGUGAUCCAGCAAAAUUCCUUGUUGAGCAACUUAUAGCAAGAGCUGCUGAUUCUGCAGGUUUUAGCAUGGAAGAGUUGAUGAAUGUUCCGGCCGGGAGGAGGAGGAAGUACCAUGAUGAUGUGACCGUGAUUGUCAUCAUCCUUGGGAUGAAUCAACGGACGUCAAAGGCAUCAACUUGCAUCUAAAGGUGCAACAUAAAUUUUGCAUUUGAAGAUUUUCGCGGAUACCUUGAUCAUGAAGGAAGUGUUUCCUACUAUGAAGUUGUGAUAUUUAUAGUGUACAUAUGUAACUUCAGUUUUCUUGGGUAUGUAAAAAAUUUUGCAGAAGAGACAAUCACCAUUUUGUUUGAACACUCAAUAAUUUUGGAAAUGCACUUGUUUUGAUCUUUGCCAGA